GCUUUCUCUUGCUCUGUCCUUGCUCUUGGCUGCUUGACUGACUGACUGCUGCCCUUCACUGACUCUUCUGACUGCUGCUGCGACCCUAACUGCACUCGACAGGGUUAGGACCAGCAGCACACUUCACCAACUCCCGCAAGCUCCCCUCCCUCGAGCUUCCCUCUCUCCCUGCUGCUGCUGCUGCUAAGUCCCAGAGUACAGCGCAUCACUCACCCACAGUCAUGUCGACCACAAUGCAGCUCACUGCAAAUGUGCGAAGGCCAAACUACUCUGCUGCCGGCACAACCGUUGCAGUCAAGACGAACCACUUCAAGGUCGAGAAGCUGCCUGAUGUAGACAUCCAGCAGUGGGACGUCGCUAUUCCCUCACUCGGUCGUGCUCCUUCCUCUAAAAAAGCUGAAAAGGAACGCAACGUGCGUAUCUGGAGCCACCCCCAAGUCCAGCAACUGCUUGGCAAUGCAAAGAUCAUCUACAACGGUAUGGCUGUUGCCUGGUCUACCGGUCCUAUGCCCUUUGAUUCGCUUGAUCAGACAAUUCUGAUUCAGGCGGGCAAAAAGGAGUAUGAAAUCAAGCUCAUUGUGCGCAAGACCGUCAAAAUUAACCUCAACACGCUCGUUGAAGCACUCAACAUGCGCUACAGUUUCGAGGAUGACCACAUCAUCCAGUGCAUCAGCUUCCUCUCUGCUCUCCUCCGCGACGGCCCAAUCAAACGCUUCCCAACCGUCACGAGCUUGACCUCCUACUUUGACCGUACCAUCAGGGGUAAUGUCUUUGACCUCGGAGGCGGCGUCCAGCUGUGGCGUGGUGUCUUCCAGAGCGCUCGUCCAGCACCCGGUUGCAUGACCAUCAAUGUCGAUGUUGCUCAUACCGCCUUCUACCAGCCAGACUUGAGUGUCCCUCAAUUCGUCGCUCUCAACUUGGGUUUGCGUUCGCCCGAUGAACUUGCUCGUCUUCAGCAGCACCAGUUGAGGCAAUUGAACAAGAUCCUCAAGGGACUCUCCAUCUACACAAAGCACAUGGAGCGUGGUGGACGUCCACCUCGUCAGCAAAAGAUCUUCAUGAUUUCUCGAGACACUGCCGUCACUGCCAAGUUUGAGAAGGAAGGCAAGCAGUACACGGUGGACCAGUACUUCAAGGAGACCUACCAAAUCAAUCUCAAGCACAAGAAUGCACCCCUCCUCGAGAUGUCUGGACCUCAAAAGACAAAGUUGCCCAUGGAGUUGUGCUUUGUUGCUGAAGGUCAACGAUUCCCAAACACAUUGUUGACGGGCAAGCAGACUGCAGAGAUUGUGAGGAACGCCGCUCAGCCACCACCUGAUCGUAUCCGCUCCAUUCAGGACAAUGUCUCGAAGCUUGACUGGCAGAAUGAUGAGAUGCUGAAGAACUUCCACAUGAAGAUCAACCCACAACCCAUGAUUGCCAAUGCUAGGCUCCUUCCUGCACCGACCAUCAAGUUUGGUAAGAAUCAGUCUUUGCGCCCUCAGGGCGGUCAAUGGAAGACAAUGGGCAAACAACUUUUCAAGACAACGACCCUUGACUCUUGGGGUAUUCUCAACUUUGCAGACCCGCGUGAUGAUCCCUCGAUGUUUGAGCGAGAGGUUGUUCAAGCCGCUAUGCGAUAUGGUACCAAUGUUGUUGUGAAGCAGCCAUUCAAACAGCAAGCCAACAAGCACGGCAACAUCAAGCAGGUUGUUCAACAAUUCUACAUCAAGACCUGUGAGACCUUUCAAAAGACUGCCAAUGUGCUCUUCUUCAUCAUUCCCGGUCAAGGUGGUGAUGAGCUUUAUGGUGCCAUCAAGGAGGCUUGUGACGUGUUGAUUGGUAUUCCCUCACAAUGCAUCUCUGCUGCCAAGUUGCGAAAGGCCAAUGCUCAGUACUGUGACAAUGUCUGGCUCAAGGUCAAUGAAAAACUCGGUGGCCAAAACACACAACUUGACAGUUCCCCCAUCUUGACGGCACCGUUCCGUGGACCUGUCUUGUUGCUUGGUGCAGAUGUGUCGCACCCGCCACCUGGUAUGCUGGGUGGUCGUGCACCUUCGAUUGUGUCGCUUGUGAGUAACAAGGAUAAACUCGCCACCAAGUACAUUGGUCAGGCUAGGUCUCAAGGUGCUCGUGUUGAGAUGAUUGAUGAGAUGAGGCCCUUGGUGAAGAAUGCAAUUGGUUGUUAUGCCAAGAACACGGGUAUGAAGCCAAAACACAUCGUCUACUACCGAGAUGGUGUUUCUGAGGGACAGUUUGCUCAAGUCAAGCAAGGUGAGCUCAAGGCCAUCAAGGAGGCUUGCAAAGACCAUCAGAUUGAGUGUAUGGUGACAAUUGUUAUUUGUCAGAAGCGACACCACACCCGAUUCUUCCCCGGUAAGCCACAAGAUGGUGAUCGUCUCGGCAACGUCAAGGCCGGUACGCUUGUUGAUUCGCAAAUCACGCAUCCCGUUGACUUUGACUUCUUCUUGACUGCUCACACGAGUUUCAAGGGAACGGCUCGACCAACGCAUUAUCAAGUGAUUCACGAUGAAGCUGGAUUCAAGGCUGAGCAGAUGCACAAGUUGACGCAUGACUUGUGCUACACAUUUGCACGAUCGACGACCUCGGUGUCGCUCGUUCCAGUGACGUACUAUGCUCAUUUGGUUGGUAACCGCGUCAAAGCCUACUGCCAUGGUGACUCGGAUGUGGGAUCCAUGAGGUCGUCUGAGCCUGGUGGUCAGCAAGAGUCAGAUGAGGGCAAAUUACCUCAAUUGAAUGCAAAGCUUCGUGAGACUGUCUGGUAUAUCUAAGACCCUGUUGGGCGCUCUUGGUCGCAGAUUUUCUUAUGGCCAAUUCUGCUGCGGCGAACGCAAACACUUGUAUCUCAAUGAAUCUUAGUUAGCAUGUUAUCUGAUCUUCUCUACUCACAUACUGAUGAGUCUGCUCUGCGAAAUGCG